AUGCCGAUCCGGGCGCCGCGGGUGAUUUUCCUGGAUGUGGACGGUGUGCUCAACUCGGCCGCUGAGCGAUCCGCAGUCGACUACAUCGGGCUCACGGGCGGCUUGUGGCUGGAGAGGGGACUCAUCGAAAGGCUCCGCGACUUGGUUCAUUUGCAGCAGGCCUUUCUGGUGAUCUCGUCCAGCUGGCGCAGAGACCGUUCGGCGGUGGAGGAUCUGAAGCGGGUGUGUGCCGAUGUCGGUUUGCCACGGUGGCGCUUUUUGGGUCAGACCUGCGAGCUGGGCCGCACCGCCGGUCCCACGGCCGCCGCGCGGCGCGGCACGGAGAUCCGGCGCUGGCUGAGCGCCUUCCGGGCGGAGUUUGGAGUCCAGCAGUGGAUCACGCUCGAUGACAUGGACUUGGCCUCCGCAGCGCCCGAGCACUUGCGGAAGCAUCAUAUCCGCACGCAUCCCUACUACGGACUUCAGCCUGCGGAGGUUCAAAAAGCAUUACAGGUCUUUGGAUGUGGCUGCACAGAGAAGACCAUCCUGGCCAUGCUGAGUGAUGUGCACUCCAAAGGCAUCGUGCUGGAUAUUGACGGCACGUUGAUCGAUUCCACGCCUUUUUGUGAUGGGAGCUCGCCGGCGACAUAUGUGCACGAGGAGCACACGGCGAUCUACGCACGGCCACAUCUCGAUGAGUUCCUGGACUUUUGCUUCGAACGCUUUGAUGGUGUGGGCCUUUGGACAACCUCUGAUGCAAGCUGGUGCCACUUGGUGGUCGACGAGGUCUUGGGAAAGCAUCGUGAUUGGUGUUUCUUUUGGUCCCAGCAGCACUGCAGCGAGCGACAGCGAGAUCGGGAAGGGCAAGAGAUUGGGAUCUCCAAAAAGCUGAAGAAACUUUGGCGUUCCAGCACCAGGCGCGCACGGGGAUUUCACCGCGAGAGCUGCGUCAUCGUGGAGGACACGGUGGCAAACUGCUACUUCAACCGUGGCAAUGCCAUCAUCGUGCCUACUUUCGCAGCUGACAAGGACGACGAGGUUCUUCUGAAGUUGAUGUCAUACCUUGACAAAGAGGUGUUGCCGCGGGAGGAUGUGCGCUACGCUGAAGCCCAGCUGGAUGGGAUCAUCGAGCUCUUCACAGAUCCAGGCACCUUAGCCUUCCUGGCCCUUUGGGCAGCAGCUUACAGCUGGGGCAGCUUUGGAGGAAAACAGGUCUCGCUGGAGCCGUGGGAGCGGCGGAAAGCAUCCUGGUACCUCCUAAACGGUGUUUUCUUCCACUUCUUUUGCGAUGGCAUGGCUGGCGCCUUGGGUCUUGCUGGCAUCCUGGGGCGGCUCUACCCAUUGCUGGACCGGCGUGUGCAUGCCAGGGAUCCAGGAGCCUGCAGUGUGCUUUUUGUGGAGCUCUUCGUGAUGAUGCCCCUUUGUGUUUUGACCUUCCGAGCCAUUCGUCAAGGCAAAGCCUCAAGGCACGCGCUGGAAAUUUGCCUUUGCAGCUUUCACAUCUUUGGAACAGUGGUCUUCGUGCUCUCGGAGGCCUUCAUGAGCGGCUGUCGCAACGUGCCCACGCUGGAGCCUUUGGGAGGCACGGAGGCACCACACUGGUGUGGCAAAGGGCUCAUUUGGCCACCCACGGAGAACCAGCUUAUUUAUUUCUGGUUUGGCUUCGUCUUUGCCAACAUCCCUUGGCUCACUUUGCCACUUCGAUUGCUGCUGCUGGCGAUGCAGGCUGCGACAGAGGAGGCUGAGCUGGCAGGAAUGGCGAAGAACGAGAAAGUGAAGGACAACUGA